AUGUUGGGUCUCUUCUUCAGACAGGUCUGGACUCUGACCGUCAAGAAUCUCCUGAUUGUCCUGGUCCGGCCAACCUUCACAACCACGCUCAGAGCUCUAGUUUUACCAGUAAUAUUCGUAGCUUUUAUAUCUUUUGCGAAGAAUCUAUUCAUCCCCCCUGCCGAGUAUGGAAUUGGCAGCCCUACCCCUGUUCGCUCUCUAGGAGAUGCGCUAGGUGCUGUCUCUGGAUCCAGAGAUAAAGUGGUCUUUGUCCAUAAUGGCUUGACCGGUGGUGAUAUCGAACAAGUCAUAAAUCGAGUCGCCGAGCCUGUUAGAACCACGCAGAAACAAGUCCAGGUGCUCUCAUCUGAAAAUGAGCUACGAGAGCUCUGCCGAACUUCGCUACGUGGAGUGUCCUCUUGCGUCGCUGCAGCGGUUUUCUAUUCCUCUCCAACUGAAGGACCAGGCGGACACUGGAAUUACUCCAUCAGAACAGAUGGGGCCCUCGGUGUUGGGAUCAAGGUCGACCAGAGAGAUAAUGACCAAGAGACUUACCUUCUCCCUUUCCAGCACUCGAUUGACUGGGCCAUCGCUCAGGCCAAUGCGUCAAGUGAACAGAAUGCAUUGCCGAACGAACUUCUGGAAUACCCGUUUACUUCCUUGACCCAGGCCGAACGCAAAGAUCAGAUCCGGACUCGGUAUAUGGGCGCAAUUAUCGACAUUAUUGCUGUGGCUAUUUUCAUCGAAGUGGUGGGAGUCACAUACCAACUCACGGGUCUGAUUGCGAUGGAGCGAGAGCUAGGCAUGAGCCAGCUGAUCGAUUGCAUGAUGCCUAGCCACUCUCACUGGCAAUCCCAAGCUGCCCGUUUCAUCUCAGCACAUCUGGCGCUAGAUAUCGUGUACGGUCCAGCAUGGGUCAUUGCUGGUAUCAUCCUUAAAUACGGGGUCUUUCGCAGGACAUCUGCUGGGAUUCUAGUCAUCUACAAUAUUUUGGCCGGUCUUUCGUUGGCGUCAUUCUCUGUGUUCGGAGCCUCUUUCUUCAGGAAAGCUCAACUCAGUGGUAUCUCGAUCGUCAUCGCUUGCUUGUUACUGGGGGUCAUCGCGCAGCUUGCCCCUGCCUCAUCAAGUGGAGCAGUCGGAAUUCUGAGUCUCCUGUUUCCGCCGAUGAAUUUUGUCUACUUCUUUGUCCUCAUGGCUCGAUGGGAGCGACAGAAUUUGCCUACGAACCUUGUGCACGCAGCUCCCAAUAGUUCGCAUUCGAUUCCUGGCAUUGCCUUUUGGAUACUUCUGAUUGUUCAGAUCAUCGUCUACCCUGUCCUUGCCGCUGUCGUUGAGCGGGCACUAUACGGCACAACUUCCAAAAGUCGAAAGAUACUGAACACCGAUGACCCCACCGCCCUAAGUCUGAACGGAUUUACUAAGACUUAUCGCCCGAGUUGGUUCUAUAGAAAUGUGGCGUCGCGGUUCGGAAGUACGCGACAGAGCGUGUAUGCUGUGAAUGACCUUUCCAUGAACGUCAGGAAAGGGGAAAUCGUUGUACUUCUCGGUGCCAAUGGUUCAGGGAAAUCCACAACCCUGGACGCCAUCUCUGGUCUUACCACAAUCUCUUCUGGAAGUAUAGAUAUCAACUAUGGCGGCUCGGGCGGAAGAUUUGGUCUCUGUCCACAGAAGAAUGUUCUCUGGGAUACACUCACCGUGAAGGAGCAUGUGAAGAUAUUCAAUAAGCUGAAGAGUACCGGAGAAGUGGACAAGGAUGACGAGCUAUUGAAGCUACUGGAUGACUGUGACUUGUCGCACAAAGUGAACGCACGCUCGAAAACACUCUCGGGUGGUCAGAAACGAAAAGUGCAACUGGCCAUGAUGCUUACUGGCGGCUCAUCCAUCUGUGCCGUCGACGAAGUGUCCUCUGGGAUUGACCCGAUUGCCCGCGCCAAGAUAUGGGAUAUUCUUUUGGCCGCAAGAGGAUCAAGGACGAUCCUCCUCACCACCCACUUUCUGGACGAGGCGGAUCUUCUUGCUGAUCACAUCACCAUUCUGUCCAAAGGUGUGCUCAGAGCUCAAGGUUCAAGCGUUGAGUUGAAGGAUCGAUUGGGCUCAGGUUACCGGAUUCAUGUCCUCAACGUCCCAGGUUCUGAGAAGGUGACUGGUUCUGAGUUCGAGAACAUCCCAAAAGAAGUUCAUUUCGAUGAUACCGUCUACACAGUGAAAGAUUCCGCAACAGCCUCUCGCCUAAUGUCGAUGCUAGAACAGAAAGGUAUAACAGAAUACCGGGUCAGCGGCCCAACAAUCGAGGAUGUAUUCCUUAAAGUCGCCGAGGAGUUGGAUUCAAAUUCGGUCCAUGAGGAGAUCAGCGUUGGCCAAAAAGGGACAAUUGUUUCUGAAAAGAAUGCUACAGAUGGUGAACAUGGAGGGCUGCAGCUGCUAACUGGCAAGCGCAUCAGCAUGCUCCUUCAGUCCUGGUAUCUGUUUCGCAAAAGGGCUACGAUCUUGCGUCGCAACCCAGUUCCGUAUCUCGCUGCGCUGCUGAUUCCGGUGAUUGCGGCUGGUCUCGUUACGCUUUUUUUGAAAGACGCAACGAAGCCCACUUGUUCAGGGGAGAGCACAUAUCGUGCAUCUAGCUCGGAGUCAUUGGCGUCGCAGAAUAACUUCAAGUUUGUCAUAGGGCCUUCAGAUAUGAUAACGCCGUCUGUUCUCGAGAACUUUGUCAGCUCUCUCUCUGGCUUUACUAAGCCCGCCCAGAAAGAGUCCCUAGAUGUCGAGUCUCACUUCCACCUUGUGAACAGUCUUGCGGAAUUCGACGAUUACAUUUCCACCAACUAUGCCAAUGUGACUCCGGGUGGUUUCUAUCUGGGAGACACAAACUCUGCUCCCACAUUCGCAUGGAAAGGCGACAACGGAGAAUUCCCAUUGUCUGCUUUCGCCCAGAAUGCUCUGGAUAACAUCAUCACGGGCACACCCAUUCACUUUCAGUUCCAGUACUUCGACAUCCCGUGGCAGUCAGGUGCUGGGAAAACCCUACAGCUGAUCGUAUACUUUGGACUUGCAAUGGCAGUUUACCCUGCACUGUUUUCCCUCUAUCCUACCGUUGAACAGCUGAAAAAUGUUCGAGCAUUACACUUCAGCAACGGCGUGAGAGGUGUUUCGCUUUGGCUGGCGUACCUGACAUUCGACUUUUGCAUUGUCGUCGCAUCGAGCGUCCUUGCGAUCAUCAUUUUCAGAGCCGUAUCCGAUGUUUGGUACCACGCCGAGUAUCUAUUCGUGGUCUUCUUUCUCUACGGAUUGUGCUCGACGAUACUUGCGUAUGUGGUAUCUCUGUUCUCCAAAUCUCAACUCGCGGCUUUCGCAAUUGCAGCUGGCGGGCAGUGCGUAUUAUUCUUGAUCUACUUCAUCGCAUAUAUGUCCGUCUUAACCUAUGCGCCGACCCAAAAAGUGGAUGAUUACCUGCAGGUCACACACUUUACCAUUGGUAUCAUCUCGCCAACAGGAAAUCUUCUUCGAGCAUUGUUUACUGCCCUCAAUACAUUCUCGAUCUUAUGUCGUGGGCGCGAAAUUGCCUCAUACCCAGGUGAGAUCACCCUCUAUGGAGGGCCUAUCCUCUACCUGAUUCUUCAAUCUUUGGUUUUGUUUGGGCUACUCCUAUGGGUUGACAGAGGGCCAACUUUCUCAAUGUUGCGUAGAACCAAGAACAAGGAUGAGGAAGAGAAGAACGCUGUCGAUGGAGACGUUGCUGCUGAAUUGGCACGAGUGGCCGACUCAACCGAUGGUCUACGGGUUUUGCACCUUAGCAAGAAGUUCAAGAAAUUUGUCGCUGUGGACGAUGUGACGUUUGGAGUGCCGAAGUCUCAAGUUUUUGCUCUCUUAGGGCCAAAUGGGGCUGGCAAGACGACCACCAUCACUCUCAUUCGUGGAGACAUGCAGCCUUCUGACAAUGGAGGGGACAUUCUUGUGAAUGAGGUUUCUGUGUUGAAGAACCGAGCAGCCGCACGUUCCCACCUCGGAGUUUGUCCACAAUUUGAUGCAAUGGAUCAGAUGACCGUCAUUGAGCAUUUGGAGUUCUAUGCCCGCAUCCGCGGAGUGCCUGAUGUGAAGCACAAUGUCACGGAAGUCAUCCGUGCUGUCGGAUUGACCAGCUUCCAGGACCGCAUGGCGACAAAACUGUCAGGAGGAAAUAAGCGCAAGCUUUCUCUUGGCAUUGCAUUGAUGGGCAAUCCCCAGGUCCUCCUGCUCGACGAACCGAGUUCCGGAAUGGAUGCAGCUUCGAAGCGUGUUAUGUGGAAGACACUAGCAUCUGUGGUCCCGGGACGCUCCAUCGUGCUCACGACUCAUUCAAUGGAGGAGGCAGACGCUCUAGCGACUCGGGCGGGGAUUAUGGCUAAACGCAUGCUGGCCCUCGGCACUACCGAUUACCUGAGGAAGAAGUACGGUAACAAAUAUCACGUUCAUCUUGUCCAUUCACGAGCGCCACACACCACAGAUGCAGACAUGGCCCGUAUUCGCGAGUGGGUGCAAGACAGCUUUCCUAGCGCUGUUAUUGAGCAGAAGACAUACCAUGGACAGGUGCGAUUCAGUGUCCCUGCAACGGCAGAGAUCAUCCCGUCAAAUGAGAAGAGUAUCGAGCGCGACAAAGCCUCCGUCACGGCAGAUAAGUUCGGACGUGAUGUCAGCGAUGAGCCGGAUGUUCAACGACAAGAGCCCAAAGCCACCAAUAACAACAUUGUUAGCAAACUAUUCUCGAAAUUGGAGCAGGGCAGGGCCCUGCUUGGUAUUCAGUACUACUCUGUCAGCCAAACCACUCUCGAUCAAGUCUUUCUUACCAUUGUUGGGCAGCAUCGAGUCGAAGAGGAGAAUUCUGGGUAG